AUUGUCCUGAGUAAUCUUUCUCUCUUAAUUUUUGCUCUUCCUUAAUUACAUUGCAAUAAUGCAGCGAUCGCAGGAAGGUUCGGAUGUUCCUUCCUUGGGCUGCUGCUGAACCUUUUGGGCUCUCCUCAGUCUCGCCCGUGGUUUCAUCAGACAGUCUGUAGUUUGGAGCUGAUCUGAGUGUUAUGGACGUUGUCGUUUGAUCCUCGCCGGCUGUCUUUUGGGCCGAGCAACGCCGCGUCGGUUCAGAGCAGACGAGACAGAGUGUUGAUGCGCUUGCCCGUUGGGUUUCUCCAGUCUCUUCAACGAGAACGAUGGCGGGCUUGGUAACGGGAGGAGUGGUGAUGAGGGUGAUCGCUAUUUGAAAGCACUUUCCAAUUGGAAGAAAAGACGCGAGUCUGGAAAGAGCAGCGGAAGUCUUGACCGAAAGGAGGAGCAUGUCUGUUCAGAGAAUGGAGGCAGGCUUGGUGAUCGUGGGAGCUACGAUGAGGGUGAUCCUAAUUUGAAGAUGCCUCCCAAGAUGAAGAAAGAACACAAGUCAAUAGCGAGUGAUGCAAGUCUUGACAGAAAGGACGAGCAUGUAACUUCAGAGAUCAAAGGCAAGCUUGGUAGUAGUAGGAUCCAUGGUAAGGAUCAUUCUAAAUUGAAAGAGCCUUGUUUGAUAAAGACAACACAGGCGGCUGGAAAGAGAAAAGAAAAUCUUGACAAAACGGACAAGCAUGUCUCUUCAGAGAACAAAGGCAGGCUUGGUAACAGUAGGAGUGCUGGUGAGGGUGAUUGUAAUGUGAAAGCACUUUCCAAGAGAAACAAGAGAUCCGUGCCUGGAAAGAGCAAAGAGAGUGAUAGAAGUCUUGACAAAAAGGACAAGCAAGUCUCUUCAGAGAUCAAAGGCAAGCUUGGUAGUAGUAAGAUCAAUGAUCAGGGUCAUUCUAAAAUGAAAAUGCCUUGCUUGAUGAAGAAAGCAGACGUGUCUGGCAAGAGAAAAGAAAAUCUUGACAAAAAGGACGGGCUUGUCUCUUCAGGGAACAAAGGCAGGCUUAUUAACAGUGAGAGUGGUGGUGAGGGUGAUUGUAAUGCGAAAACACUUUCCAAGACAAACAAAAGAUGCGAGUCUGGAAUGAGCAACGGAUGUCUUCACAGAAAGGAGGAGCAUGUCUCUUUGAAGAAUUCAGGCAGGCUUCGUAAUUGUGGGAACGAUGAUGAAGGUGAUCCUCAUUUGAAGGCGCUUUCCAAGAGGAAGAAACAACGCAAGCCUAGAAAGAAAAAUCAAAGCCUUGACAACAAGGACAAGCAUGGUUCUUUAGAGAAUGAUGACAGGAUUUGUAAUAGUAGGAGCUAUGAUGAGGGUGAUCCUUAUUUGAAGAUGCCUUCCAAGAUGAAGAAAACACACAAGUCAAUAGAGAGGGACGGAAGUCUUGACAAAAAAGACAAGCAUGUCUCUUCAGAGAUCAAAGGCAAGCUCGGUAGUAGUAGGAUCAAGGCGAAGGGUCAUUCUAAAAUGAAAAUUCCUUGCUUGAUGAAGAAAACACAGGUGUCAGGCAAGAGAAAAGAAAAUCUUGACAAAAAGGACGAGCAUGUCUCUUCAGAGAACAAAGGCAGGCUUGGUAACAGUGAGAGUGGUGGCGAGGGUGAUUGUAAUGUGAAAACACUUUCCAAGACAAACAAAAGAUGCGAGUCUGGUAUGAGCAACACAUGUCUUGAUAGAAAGGAGGAGCACGUCUCUUUGAAGAAUUCAGGCAGGCUUCAUAAUUGUAGGAACGAUGAUGAAGGUGAUCCUCAGUUGAAGGCGCUUUCCAAAAGGAAGAAACAACGCAAGCCUAAAAAGAAAAAUCAAAGUCUUGGCAACAAGGAUGAGCAUGGUUCUUUAGAGAAUGAUGACAGGAUUUGUAAUAGUAGGAGCUAUGAUGAAGGUGAGUCUAAUUUGAAGAUGCCUUCCAAGAUGAAGAAAACACACAAGUCAAUAGAGAGGGUCGGAAGUCUUGACAAAAAAGACAAGCAUGUCUCUUCAGAGAUCAAAGGCAAGCUCGGUAGUAGUAGGAUCAAGGGGAAGGGUCAUUCUAAAAUGAAAAUUCCUUGCUUGAUGAAGAAAACACAGGUGUCAGGCAAGAGAAAAGAAAAUCUUGACAAAAAGGACGAGCAUGUCUCUUCAGAGAACAAAGGCAGCCUUGGUAACAGUGAGAGUGGUGGCGAGGGUGAUUGUAAUGUGAAAACACUUUCCAAGACAAACAAAAGAUGCGAGUCUGGAAAGAGCAAUGGAAGUCUUGACAGAAAGGAGGAGCAUGUCUCUUUGAAGAAUGAAGGCAGGCUUAGUAAUAGUAUGGACCAUGAUGAUGCGUGGAUGAACCCAAAGAAAGCUGUUGGUGGUGGCACUCCUGGGCGUCAGAUCGGUAAACUCUUUGUAUCAAAUACAGAAAUCAGUAAAGGAAGUAAUGGCACCAUUGUCCUCGAGGGCUCCUAUGAAGGUCGAUCUGUUGCAGUGAAGCGCCUGGUCCUGGCUCACCCCGAUGUUGCUUCACAAGAAAUACAGUCUCUGACGGUAUCUGACCAAGACCCGAAUAUUGUUCGGUUGUAUGGAACAGAGUAUGAUCAGGAUUUCGUGUAUCUUGCUCUGGAGCGUUGUGCUUGCAGCUUAGAUGACUUAAUACGGGCACAUUCAAAUUCUUCAGAGAAAUCUGUCUUCCCUCAUGACCGAGCAUCAAAUGCCAUGCAAUUGGAUUUAGUUGAGGGGAUGAUACCGGAUGUUAACUUGUGGAGGGAAGAUGGCCAUCCCUCACCUUCGCUACUCAAACUGAUGAGGAAUGUGGUCUCAGGGCUCGUCCAUUUGCAUCGCUUGGGAAUAAGUCAUCAAGACUUAAAGCCUCAAAAUGUUUUGAUUACUAAGGAUGUAUGUGCCAAGUUAUCUGACAUGGGCAUUAGUAGACUCCUCCCUGGGGAUACAUCUUCCUCAGAAUAUCAUGUCACUGAUUGUGGCAGAUUGGGAUUGCAAGCGUCUGAACAACUUUGUCAUGCGCAGCAAACGUGCUCAGUCGAUGCAUUUGGUCUUGGUCGUGUCUUGUUUUUUUGUGUCACUGGCGGAAGACAUCCAUUUAAAGACAGUCUACAGGGCGAUAGUAAUAUCGAGAACACAAUUGAUUUGUCCCUGGUGGAAUUCAUGCCAGAAGCUGCAGAUAUGUUCGCUCGUUUACUGAACCCCAAUCCUAACCUGAGGCCAAGGGCAUCGGAGGUGCUUCACCAUCCACUAUUUUGGAAUUCAAAGACGAGAAUGUCCUUUCUCCGAGACAUCAGUGACUGGGUGAAACCGAAAGCUAGGGGGGGAACUGAUCCUGAUCUUCUGGAAAAAUUGGAGAGCAUUGCUCAGCGUGUUUUUGACGAGGAAUGGAACGGAAAGAUAGAUUGUGAAUUCAUUAAGCACAUGCGCAAGUUCAGCGCCUAUGAGUUUAAAACAGUCAGAGACCUGUUGCGAAUUGUGCGGAACACGUUUAGCCAUUACAGAGAACUUCCACCAGAAAUUCAGGACAUCGUCGGAUCAUCUCCUGAGGAUUUGGACAGCUAUUUCGCUAAACGAUUCCCCAGACUCUUGAUCGAAACAUACAGAUUCGUCUCCAUGUGUGGCGAAGAUGUACUCUCUUGCUUUCCGGAGUACUUCAACCAGUGACCACAACAGUUUAUCGGCAGUGCACUUUGCAAUAAUUCGGGUCGAUGACCACAAUUUGCAGGAUGGUUGAUUUCGGCAUCGCAUAUAAAGAUGUCAUUACACUCUUGGAAGCAUAUUUAUUUAUCAAACCUGUGUGGACAUGUUUGUAUGAUGCAUAUAUGGUAUGUGAGAGAGAUGAUAAUUAGCAUGCA